CAAUUAUUCAGUCCCCUUUAAUAUCACACACACACACAAGACAAGACAAGACAAGACAAGAGCGCCCAAAAUCAAACAUCGAAUGUAAAAACUUCAUACCCCAAAUUUUCAGUCAGACUCGUACUGACCAUUCCUCUCUCGGCGUUUUUGGGGGAUUGUUUUCGGAGAUGAGCAAAGAACACCCACCGGAGACUCUUGAUUUCUUCAUUUGGACUGUUGAGGAUGUUGGUUUGUGGUUGGAAGAGAUAAAUCUCGGUAGUUACCGCCAGAUUUUUAAAGAAAAUGGUGUCAACGGAGAAUACCUGGAAAGUAUGUCCAUGUUUACCACUGAGCAGAUCCUUCGGUUUAUAAGACGAUGCCACAUGAAAUGGGGUGACUUCAUCACCCUGUGCAAGGAGCUCAGGCGGAUUAAAGUGGCUUGCUUAAAAGGGGAUCAAAAGGUCCGCCGGCCAUGGUGGGCUCCUUCUUGCCUCUCGAUACUCUUUAUCAAGGUGGUGAGACAGAACAGACAGUCACGAGUUGUUUCCUUGAAGCUGGAACAGUGAUGCAAGAUCUGCUUUAUGUGUAUGUACUUUAUGUGUAUUUUUUUCCUUUUGUCGGAAGAAUGAAAGAUAGGAAAGAAUUUUUUUCUCUUUUUCUUUUUGUCUUGAACCUGACAGGAUUGCUAUUUGUUCUCCUAUGGAGAGCUAUAUUUUAAAUACAAGCCCUUUGUGUUAAUUUAUGUUGGUUUUAUAGUUGUACCUCCUUUCCUAAUCCGUGGAUAAAAAUAAAAAAAGGAAUGCCAUGUUUUAAGAAAUCAACGUACUUCCUUUCUCUAACGGUAUCAAUAUUCCCCUGAUCAGGUUUCACUUUUCAUAUUACUGGGAAGCCCUCUUUAAUAUAUGGAACAUAAUUGAUGAUUGUAAUUUCGUUCAUAUCUAAAUUUAUUUCUACCAUUCAUUGUUUAGUAAUAUUAAAAAAAGAGUAAAUUAAAAAAAAAAAUUGUGUUUGUGCUGAUGGGAAUGGUUCAAUGUUGGACUACCAAUGGACGGACUUUUUUAAAAAAUAAUAAAAAAAAAUUAAAAAAAUUCUGGAACAGACUGUAAUUAUGCUCAUCUUUUUUUAUUUUCUGUGGAGUAAAUAUACAUUACAGUCUUGAGUUAUACCUUUUUUGGUUUCGAUUCUCUUUGCUUAGGGAAAAAUAAAAAAUGAUAGUUUAGCAGGAUUAUCUCAAAAGUAGAAACAAAAAUAGAGGAAAAACAAUUCUUUGUUACCUUUAGGAAUAAUUUAUCUAUAUUAAUUGAUGUCUUUCAGCAUGUGUAUGUGAAUUUCUCUUGAGUUUGCAUAUGAAGCAUUUGCCGCUGUUACCCAUAUUUUUCUUGCCAGGAGGGUACUUGUUCAUGAUUAUGUAUUUAGUGGUGUCAAUUGUGCUCGAAGGCCACACUCCAAUUCCUGCUAUUGUGUUUGGUGCUUCAUGCCUAGCUGAAUGUUAGCUCAUGUGUCUUGUUCUGCUAUAGCUGUUGAGGGAGAUAGUUGUAUCGAAUUGCAAUUACUCUCACAGAAGAUUUUCAUGAUCGGCUUUUCUUCUCUUUCACCUUUUUUUUUUAAUAAGAGUAUAAAGAGAGAGAAAAUUCAAUGUAAGCAAGUCAAAAUACAAAUAGUGACUUGUUCUAAUUUGGCCUUCCCCCCCUGAAAUAUGCAGGAUAUUUGGAGCUAUUCUGAAAAGAUUAUUUUUAUUUUUGUUCAAUGAUCCUUUCCUAGAUUGUGACAUGGUGAUAUAUGAAGGAUAGUCGGAGUGGUUGAUAAGAAAGUUUGGCCAUUUUCGAUAUUUGAAGCUUCUGUGAAAUAUGAAAUUAGUUUGUUUUCAAUAGAUAGGAGCAUGGUGAUAUAAGAUAGGUUUUGAUGUAUUUUUAUCAUGUUUUAUUUAAUGUAACAUACUAUUUGUAGAAAAUUAAUAAGUCUUUGUGACCCUCAGGAUUGGGGUAGAUCGACCAAAUGCAGUUUGUGGUUUUAGCAGUUAAGAGUUUGGUUCGUGAGCAUCUAUCUGUAUCCUUAGUAACAGAACAUCUGUAUAAUUUAUUUGUGGUCAGUGUUUCUAUAAUGUUUUUGUGCCA